AUGAACACACCAGAAAUCUGUACAGAAAUCAUUAAAUGCCUAAAGAAUAUAUGGGCUGAUCAAUUAUUGUUGGACUUUACAAUCAAGAUACAAGAUGACACAAUCACAUGUCAUAAGCUCGUUCUUGCGGCCUGCUCUGAAUUUUUCCAAGCAUUGUUUCGAUCAGGAAUGAGGGAGGUCACAGAAAACUGCGUUGUGUUAAAAGAUGUUUCCUAUGAAAUAUUUCAGUUGAUUCUGAAAACACUUUACACAGGUGUCAAUGUUUUAACGUUGGAUAAUUUCAUUCACGUUUGGAGGGCUGUGCACAUGUUGCAGAUCAACUUUAUGGUACAAAUGUGUGAAGGAUUUGCUAUAGCAUCUGUUAAAAUUGAUAAUUGGGAAAACAUAUACACAGUAGCAAAACAUUUAGGCUCAACUACUGUGCUUGAUAAUCUUCAUAGGUUCAUGCUAAGAAACUUUGAUCAAAUAAGUCUUUCAGCAACAUAUCUACAACUGUCUUUCAAUGAAGUUAGGGAUUUGGUAAAAAGUCAGGAUCUUUGUGUCAGUAGCGAGGAUUUGGUGUUAGAAUCAGUAAUUCACUGGGCUGAUAUUGCUACUGAGUGUAAUACCGAAUCACGCAUCAACAAAAGAAAAAACAUAAUUGAUGUUGGCAAAAACGGUUGUGGACUGAGAAAGGUAUAUUCUGAUAUCUCGAUUAAUAAUGCAAUGAUUGAAUGUUUUUCAAGGAAAAAUCAGCUGAUAGAACUCGUGAGUUUAGUGAGGACGUAUCUUGUUAGUCCAUCUGUUUUAUCACGCGUCUAUCAACACGAAUUGUGUUCUGAAAAUAAAAACGUAAGGGACAUAAUCGUCAGUGCUUUAUUGUACCAUGCCCAACUUACAAAAGACGGCCAGUGGCCAUCUGCGGCUAUAAACAGAUCCUGUAGUAUCUAUACACACGUCGGGGUCUAUGUAAAAGAUUCCAGACAUUUUAGAGCAAUACGUGCAAGCGAUGAGACUUGGUUCGACUUGCCAAGUUUUAGUGAUUUAAAAGACUGUGUUCAGCUGGUCACGUGGGACGGGGAGCUGUAUGCAACAGGGAAACCACUGAACCGUCCAAACGAAAAUUGUGUCUUGUUUGUGUUUUCCGAAAAUAGCUGGAGAAAAGUUUGCAAUCUUCCUUGUCACAAUUUGUUACUACUUUCUCAUGGACAAUUUAUUUACAUUCUAAACAAAGACGAUAAUGUUAUAUACAUCUUUAAUCCAAGAAAUAUGAAAUUUAAAAAGUGUACACAGUUUGUACCACAGGCUGACGUUAAGCACGCAACCGUUUUUGCAAACUUCCUUCUACUUUUUUGUACUGAAACUCACAACCGGGUUGAAGGCACAGCUGUUCAUCAAUUUGAUCUUUCGUCUAAUGUUUGGACCAAGCUGGACCCUCUGGAUGGACCAGCAGAGCAGUUAAUCAGUUUCAAGAACGACAAACACAGCUACAUAUUACAGACGAAUGGCAGUUUAUGGGUUAUGUCGCAACCGAUUCCCUUGAACGGCAUCGAUUUUAAAUGUAUUUGUAAACUUUGGAACUGCGACAAGAAAUUACACGGAGCAUUGACCUACAACGACAAGCUGAUUAUUUUUGGAAAUGAUCCGUUGAACGAUCCCAAAGGAGCUAAUAAAUUAGUCACAGUUCCUGGACACGUUGGAAAAAUCAAACACUGGGGCCAUGCAUUUAAAAGUUCUAAUUUUGUUCCAGUGACUCUUUUGAAAACAUCGUAA